AUGGCAUCGCAACGGAAAGCCCUGCGCGACUGGCUCUACCUCUUCAUCAUCAGCACCCAGCUCUUUAGCAUGCUAGCCCUCGACCUCGUCGCCUUCUACCCAAAAGCCCUCUACCAACCCCCCUCCUCCCCGCUCCACUUCCUCCUCGCCCUCCGCAAGUUCUACGUCUCCUCCACCGGCGACCCCUUCUUCUCCGCCCAAAAGCAGCAGCAGCAGCCCUGGUUCGAAAUCUUCCUCUACAUCGAAGCCCUCGUCCAGCUCCCCCUCGCAGCCUACCUCGUCUCCCAGCUGUCCUCCAAGAAGCCGACUUCCGGCCCGGCGGAACUCGCCGGGCUGGCGUUUGGCUGCGUCACCUUCAUGGGUGCUGCGGCGUGCUGCUUUGAGCUGUGGCACAUGGGCGAGGACGUGCUGAGCGCGCAGAAGAAGGGGGCGUUGCUGUACGGGACGUAUCUCCCGUUUGCUGUCAUCCCUGCUUUGCUGGCUGUGGACAUGUAUCUGCGGCUGCUGCCUCGGGUGCAACAAUCUGAUGCCAAGGCAAAGACGCAGUAA